UUUGAUGGCCUGCUUAAAGAUAUAAAGAAAAAAGGAAUUGAAGAAUUUAAAUCUACUGAUAAUAUGACUAAAGGCAGUAAACAUGUUAACUUGCAUAUAUCACAAAUUAUAGAUACAUCAGAUGGUAUUGUUUUAAAAAAAAAUCAGCAAAAAAAUAACCAAGAAGAGGUGAAUAAAAAUCAAUUUGAUUUGAUUAUACCUUUUCUAUUUGAUCUACAAGGUGUUACAGAGCCAAAUGCUAAUAUAAGAAAAUCUUUCAGUCAAAGAACAAGUAUUAUAGAAUUAUUUAGUAUUGGAGUACUAGAAAAUACAGGUUAUGCAAUUAGUAGUCACAAAUCUUUUGGUGAUUGCUAUGCUUAUGCCAAACCAACAGACAAACAUAAAAUAGAUACAUUAGUAAAUGUUUUUAAUAAGCUAAUUGCUUAUAUACUACCUAACCAAGCAAUACAAGAAUUAAGUAAAAAUAUUACUUUUAGUUCUGGCAAUAAUGAAGAUGCACCAAUUUAUAUUAAUAAAGACUCACUAAAUUAUAACAAUAAAGGUUCAUUAGCUUAUAAUAAUAAAGACUUACCAAUCUAUUUAUCUGAAAGUAAUGAAUAUUUAAAUGAAACAGCAUAG